AUGAGUUGCCAACCUUUUACUUCGGCUGAUACCUUUAUACCUCUUAAUUCUGAGUCUUCUGCAACUCUGCCUCUGAUAAUGCAUCACAGCGCUGCCGAGUGCCUACCAGUCUCCAACCAUACCACCAAUGUGAUGUCUGCAGUCCCAUCUAUUUUGUCUUUGAUUCAAACUUCUAAAUGCUUGCGUACAUAUUUCCCGGUGACAACGUUGGAAAACACAGCAACCGGACUUCAUUAUUCUGUUCCUACCUGUCAUUAUGGAAAUCAGCCAUCAACCUACGGAGUGAUGGCAGGCAGCUUAACCCCUUGUCUCUAUAAGUUUCCUGACCACACCUUGAGUCAUGGCUUUCCGCCCAUGCACCAGCCUCUCCUGGCAGAGGACCCCGCGGCCCCUGAUUUCAAGCAGGAACUCAGGCGGAAAAGUAAAUUGGUUGAAGAGCCAAUAGACAUGGAUUCCCCCGAAAUUCGAGAACUUGAAAAGUUCGCCAAUGAAUUUAAAGUUAGAAGAAUUAAGUUAGGGUACACCCAAACAAACGUUGGGGAAGCCCUGGCAGCUGUUCAUGGCUCGGAAUUCAGUCAAACAACUAUCUGCCGAUUUGAAAACCUGCAGCUGAGCUUCAAAAAUGCAUGCAAACUAAAAGCAAUAUUGUCUAAAUGGCUGGAGGAGGCUGAGCAAGUGGGAGCUUUAUACAAUGAAAAAGUGGGAGCAAAUGAAAAGAAAAGGAAACGGAGAACAACUAUAAGUAUUGCUGCAAAAGGUGCCCUGGAGAGACACUUUGGAGAACAGAAUAAACCCUCCUCUCAAGAGAUCAUGAGGAUGGCUGAAGAACUGAAUCUUGAGAAAGAAGUAGUAAGAGUAUGGUUUUGCAACCGAAGGCAGAGAGAAAAACGGGUGAAAACAAGUCUGAAUCAGAGUUUAUUUGCUAUUUCCAAGGAAAAUCUUGAGUGCAGAUAA